UACAAAAAGGUGAUGUUAUUGAUAUGUAGGGAUCAUUCAAAUUUUGUCAGUUGUGUACGGUUUUGUACAGAUGGUAGCAAGUUCAUUACAGUAAGCUCUGAUAAGAAGGGUAUACUAUAUGAUGCGAAAACUGGAGAGAAAAUUGGAGAGCUGUCCUCAGAGGAUGGUCAUAAAGGCAGCAUUUACGCUGUUAGUUGGAGCCCUGAUGGUAAACAGCUAGCAGAAGCAGCAAAAGCACAAUUUUCACGUGAUUACAAUGAUAAACCUUGCUCUUGUCCAGGCUUAUGAGGCUUGGAAAGAAGUUGAAAGAGACGUAGCUGGAUAUGAAUACUGUUGGAAGAAUUUUCUUUCUGCUCAAUCAAUGAAAGCUAUUGAUGCUCUGUGAAGGGAGUUCUACUCUUCACUUAAGGAAUAUGUUUUAAAUUUUAAUGCUAAGUGAAUGUGAAUUGGAUGAUUAUAUAGAUUACAAGCGGAUUUUUAAUUGAACGAAUAUGUAGUUUGGAAUUACUUGUGGAUGAAAACUUAUAAUAGUUGCUGACUUUAAUU